AUGGAUAUUGACUCCUAUCGCUAUUCUGCUCGCAAUCAUCAGGAUAUGCAUGGCGGUACACUCUUCAAAGCCGUAUUAUUUGGCCGUAGUAACAAUGGGGCCGUAUAUUGCCUUGUUACCUCGAUGGCAGUUCAUUAUGGUUAUGGCAAGCACAUCGCUCUCUUUGACUCUGAAGCACUCGAGAAGGUCACUAUUUGGAUCGCUCUAGACGUGGUACUUGGCGUUCUCUUAACUAUGGUAUCAAGGUGUUUAAACUUGGUGAUGAUCAACGAAGUGAUGCCAAUGCCCAAGCUUCCACUGCGCUCUAGAAUGCCCAGUGCCACAAUAUCCUCACCGGCAUUGUGUUGGCCCCUUGUGCUCAUAUCCGCAGUACCUUUGGCAUGGAUAAUUGUUUUUUUAAGCACGUUGAACAAGUUUGAAAACAUCCAGAAGAGUGGGAUACUUUGCCACAGUCCGGCUCUCGUGAUAAACAUGACCUAUGCAGAUGGAGUAUUUGCUGCCAUUUUCUAUACAUGUUUGACUAUAUUUCCUGUCUAUCGCGUGUGGCAGCUCGAACUCAGCGUGAGAAAACGUUUGACUUGCUGUUUAAUGUUAAGUUUGCCUAUCAUGUGUGUUGUUCUCUAUGAAAGAUCAGCAGUUACUGACUGA